AGAAAACCAAUCUUAAAUUGUGCAACUGUUUUUGUUUAAUAUAUUUUCUUGCAUAUUAUGUUGUAACAUAUUUUUUUACAUAUUAGAUACAUAUCUUAUAUAUCUUUUAUGAAGUAAUGAGAUGUACCCGAACUAUUAUGUUUAACACUUUCUUUGGCUUGGAAUCACUGCAGUUCACAUUGUCCCACUUACCCCUUAUGUCCGCUAGAGGUCGACAAGGUUCCACGCGUUUACGGAAGUUGUUUUGACAGCGUGCUUUUCCACAAGCACAACACAACUCCACAAUGAAAGCCAUAAUUCAGAGGGUCACCAAGGCUUCUGUGACAGUGGGAGAGGAGCAAGUCAGUUCAAUAGGUCGAGGGUUGUGUGUGCUGUUGGGGAUAUCCGUGGAUGAUACACAAAAGGAUGCAGACUACAUUGUUCGCAAGAUCUUGAACCUGCGCCUUUUCGACGAUGAGAAUGGCAAAAUGUGGACUAAAAGUGUAAUGGAGAAAGAGUUUGAGAUAUUGUGUGUGAGCCAGUUCACGCUGCAGUGCAUAUUAAAGGGCAACAAGCCAGACUUCCACUCAGCCAUGCCUGCAGAGCUUGCCCAGCCCUUCUACAACAGCAUCCUGGAGAACUUGAGAAGCUCCUACAAACCAGAGCUCAUUAAAGAUGGACAGUUUGGAGCUCGGAUGCAGGUUCAUAUUCAGAAUGAUGGACCUGUUACCAUUGAGCUGACAUCACCCUCUGGACCCACAGACCCUAAGCAGCUGUCAAAGCAGGAGAAGCAGCAGCAGAGGAAAGAGAAGACGCGCUCCAAAGGUCCCUCAGAGUCAGGUCGUGACAAAGGAGCGCUAAGGUCCAGACAAGACACCAACGCCAGCAGUGGAGCAGAGGGAGAUGUGUCAUCUGAGAGGGAGCCAUAGAGAGACUGAAUAUAUGUUAAAAUGUAUCAGAUUUUUCAGGAAGGCCGUAUACCUCUAGGUUGUGGACACCUGAUGUGGGUCCUCCUUCAGGGAAAGCAAAAGGACCACGUCAGCCCAACAUUGUCCUCUGAUGCCCUCCCUCAACCUGCAGUAAAUUGGACUGGACUGGUGUUUGGACAAAUUUGGCUCAAGACGAAUGGACAUUUUGGGGAUGUAUCAAGAAACAGGAAAUCACAGUGUCCCAGAUUUCAAAGUUGUUUUGCUUUUUUUCAAGUCUUUCUUUAUUGUCUGCUCUGUCUCUGUCUCAAACUUUGCUUUGAAAAUUGUUGGUGGCAUAAAAGCAUAACCAUGUGGCAUGUCUAGUGGGUAUAGGAGUGACUACCUUGUCCAGGCACAACUAACACUGUACUCGAUUUUGAAAAAAAUGAGAGAGUGCGAUAUUUACUGCAUAAAAACAUACACUGCAUCAAGGUGUGUUAUUGUACAUUCAUCUAAUUAUUUCAAAAUAAUACUGUCAGUUGGAUAGUAAUAGUGCAUGUCUUAAAAAUAAUCCCUCUUCUGAACAGUUAUUUUUUGACAGUUGAAAUAAUUCUAAACUUUAUAUUUGCAUAAUCCCUCAGUUUAGGCAGGUAGGUUCCAUAGCAAAAAAAAAAGUUGACUGGUUUUAGAGUGAAGACGUUUCAGCACUCAUCAAAUGGCAUCUUCAGUUCUGGUCAAGUGCUGAUGGGACAUUGCCUUAUAUCUCCUCCCUUUAAACAGAUAUAAAGCAGUGUAGAUAGGCAAUUUACCAAUUUACAUCAUGAAUGCAUUUCUCAAUUGCACAUUUCUGUUUAUUAGUCCAAUCAUAUCCAAAUUUCUUUCUAAUGAGACGCAGUUGAUUGAUUUAUUCACUUCAGUACUGUGACAGGUUGUGCUUCGAUGACUAGAUCUGUUUGCCUGCAUCACAAGUAUGGUAUUUAUUGAUUAUUUUGAAUCAUUCAGUCUUGUUUGCACAUGACAGCUGAUUUUAAAAUAUUGUUUUAUAAAGAUGCUAUAAAAGAUCCUGGUCUGUCAAUAAUA